AUGUCAACUCCCCCCUCCUCGGAAUUAUGGCUCCUCACAGAUGUCGUGUCACGUCUGGAUGGGGUGGGGUGGGGUUUCGAGCAGAACAGCGCGCAAAUGACGAAUGCCGCUAACACGGCCGAGGACGAGCAAGGGAGGAUAGGGCCAUCGGGAUUUGCCGAAACCUUGGUUGCUUUGCAUCCGGAGAGAAAUAAAUUGCCAACGCCUACUUUGCCUGUCUCUCCGAGAUUUCGGAGUCUUGAGGUAAAUCCGUCGCACAUGACAGACACAAGCUCAUCGCCGUCUUGGAUAUGUUUUCACAGCACUCGAGUACUAUUUUCGUAUCUGGAAAAUCGCUGGCUCGUUGCCUGCAUAUGUGACAGACCGAUCGAUGGUUCGCACUGCUCCUCACCGACACCCCCUCCCAGCACUAGCCUAUCACGAAUCCUUUCUGGCUCUGUUCAUACCUAUGGGCAUUCGACAUCGCUGCAACCCACUGAAAAACUGAACAGCAACCAGACAUUCCUCUCCCAUCCACUGCCACGAGUUCGGACGCCAUCCGCUCGGCCUUCGGGAACAAGAUUACAGGGCCUCCGUCAAUUAUGGGACAAGCGACGGCCUGUGCACAAUGCCAUCGAAGCCGUCGUCUUUCCAUGUUCUUAG